UUCGUCGGCGUGGGCGUGCAGGACGACGCGGACCGCCUCCGCAACGACCACGACCUCGUGGUGAACAACACCGUCGACCUGCGCGGCCUCGCGGCCGACGGGAUGCGCAGGCCGUGGCUCCGGCAGGCCGGGCUCAAGGACAUCACGGGCGCCAUCAUGAGGGCCAACCUGGAGAAGCCACAGCGUGUGAGGACGGGGGCCUGGGACGCCUACCGCCUCUCCCAUGAGCAGAUCAAGUACGCCUGCAUCGACGCGUUCGUUUCCUUCGAGGUCGGCCGGAAGCUCCUCACCGGUGACUACUACUGCUCCUCUGAUGAUGAAGAGGAGGAGGAGGGGGUGGAAGAAGAAGAUGGCUCCUACUACUCCUCCGAUGAGUAUGGCUCCUCUGAGGAGGACUACUGAGGUGAUCGAUGGCCGUCGUCCCGUGUCCUGCUCGCGUUUAGACUUACUAGUUGUUGAUCUCGUAAGGUUAAGCAGUGGAUGGUUUAGGAGUAGGAGUGUACCUGCCAUGGUGAUAAUCAUGACUAGUAGCUUCUUGUGGCUAGAUCUAGCUUGGUGCA